CCAAAAUAGAAAAUAUAUGUACACAUAAAAUUAUGAGUACUGUACCGUACACAAUUUCUGUAUCAGAAUUAAAGAACACUUUUGGGGUCUCACUGAUUUAUAUUUUUAGAAUACAUUCUAAAUUGUUUGACCAGUGAAUGGAAGACAUCGACAGUAUUUCGGGAAAAAAAACAUUUAAACAUCAGUCAUGGACUAUGAUGAUUGGAUAUUUGAGUCAAUAAAGAAGUACAAAAACUUGUCCAUUUAUGAUAUGCAACAAUGUGUAACAGCAAUGGAUUGGGUGAGCAGGAAAAGUUUGUGUGUUGGCACAUCAACUGGGAACAAGAAUGAGAUACUAGAGCUGGCUCUACCUGAUAAGAUGUUACAAUCUGAGGAAGAUGGGAAGCUGAAGAAGGACAGAGAUUUUAGAGUUCUGACAGGAGGGUUUUGUAAAUCUCCAAUCAAUGAUAUCAAACAUAUACCUGAUACAAGGUAUUGUAUGACAGCCACUACAGGGGAGACAACUGUUAGUGUAUGGAAGAUGGGAGACUGUGAUACUGAUUUGAUGACAGAGGAGAAAUCUAUCUCCGCUGUAAACUCUACGUGUCAUCCUACACAGAUAUCUGUACAUACCAACAACCUCAAUGAUAACAGCAUUGUCUUUGGUUCUUCUUUAAAUAACAUCACUGUGCUGGAUACUGAACGAUUUGAAAAAAUAAGGGAUUUUUCAGGAGAUGAUCAAUCUGAUCAGGUAUCAAGCAUAUUUCACAGAACAGCCAGUGUCCUAAUGUGUUGCACUAGUACAGGCGAUAUCUAUACAUGUGACCUUAGAUGUGAAAAAGUAAAGGUCAACUGUUCUCAUAAAGUAGUAAACAAGAAGCAAGUAGAUUGGACAGCAACAAAAUUAAAUGACCAAUCAGAUUCUAUUAUUUUAGCUUCAACUCAUGGUGAUGUAGUUGUUCUGGAUUCUGAUUUUAGAGAAAAAUGUGUAAGAAAGACAUGUGAUUCUCCAAAGGGGAAAGGAAAUCAUUUUUUUGUACAGGGAAGUCCAGAUGGCAGCAGAUUUUCAAUAUCAGGUUUAGAUGGAAUGGUGUACAUUUAUAACAGUCCAUUAAAAGAUAAAAAUCUAGAACCAGUCUUUGUACAUGAAGGACAUAAAAGAAACUCAGAGGACCAGUCUGAUUCUGUAUGUGUUGUUAAGCAUAUGUGGUAUCCGUGGCAACAAGAUUUGAUUAUUUCAUCAGCAACAGACAGCUCUCUUCAUGCAUGGCAAUAUAACCCAAUCUGAAUGUGUUUAUUGUAAGAACUAUUAACUGUAGAAAUCUCUACAUUACACAUAUGUGUGGCGUACCAAAAGCAACAUCCUUGGCAGGUUUUAGUCAUUGCCAUUGACAACUGAAGAAGCUGAUAAAGUUUUGAUUUUUUAAUUGUGUUGGUUUUUGAAUGUGUAAUUCAGUAAUAUACUGGUGGCAAAUGCAUAUUGCUUUUCCCUCCAGCAGAUUAUGGGUUAAUUUCCAACAAACAAUAUAUUGAUAUGUUAAGUGUAAUAAAAAAGGUUAAAAAUCAUUUAA